CAGCCUUUUUUCUCUCUCUUGUUUAUUAUGUGUGUGCUUUGCUGCUGCUGUCUAGCAGCUACAGAUAGACUGUACACAUUCAAACUGCAUAUGUACGUACGCGGGGGGAGAUGUGCUCGGCCAUCAGUCCAGACAGUUCAAGUGGACACAUAUGCUCUCCCCCCUUUUUUUGAUUUUCUUGAUUUGAUUUCGCCCGGCCAUAUUAUUAGGCGCGUGAAAUGAGCGCAGAAGGAGACUCGAUCGUGAAAUCGGCAGCAGCAGCUUUAUUAUUACUCCGAGUGGCAUCAGCAUCGAGUUGAGCGGAAAAAUGCGGAGUCAUAAAAGACUAGUGACCCUGUCUCUCGUUUCGCUACUUCUCUUUCCGAGUUUGUGCUUCUACUGGACCAUCUACGACAUCACCAGUGGCGGCAUCAACAGAUGGAACGGCACUCCGCCGAUUCCGGCCAACAGUUUUGACUAUCAACAGCCCAACAGCGGCGGCGGCGGCUUAUUCGGCCCGGCAGCAGCCAUCAGCGAGUCCAGCAGCAGCGCAGCAACCGAGGCACUGAUGGACUUUGGCGGAUUCGAUAAUGAAACCGGACGGAGCUUCGACGGGCGUUUCAUCGUGCCUAAUCUCAUCCACUACAUCCGCUUUAACAAGACGACGUUCACGUUCGUCGAUUACGUCUGCCUGCGCUCGGCUUACAUCCAGCAGAAGCCGGAUCGCAUCUACCUGCACACCAACGUCGACGAGAGCAAUUUCACGGGACUCUACUGGAAGCGGAUCCGAGCCGAGCCGGAUUUGUACGGCCGCAUUGUUCUGCAGCCGAUCGACUUGCCGUCAGAAAUUUUCAAUCAGCCGCUGAGCGACGGAUGGCGGCUCUUUCACGGCUCCGACAUUGCCCGCAUCCGCACCAUGAUGAAAUACGGCGGCAUCUAUUUGGACAACGACGUCUACGUCGUUCAAAAUCUCGACAAGUACCGCAAAUACGAAAUCGCCAUGGGCUGGGACGAGGGUCAAUUCCUCGGCAGUCAGGUCAUUGUCGCCCAUCGUAACGCCCGCUUCCUACCACUCUGGCUGGACACUUAUCGACAAUAUCACGCUGAUUUGUGGUACUACAACGCCGGUGAACGCCCUACAACGGAGAUUCUGCACAAGCAGCCGGAACUGAUCCAUCGGGUCAAGUGGCGGUUCGGUGUCCACAUGCUGAUGCAGGAGCUCUACGACUCGAUGGAUUGGCCCGACUGGCAACAAAAUCAGGACACGAUCCAUUUGUUAAUUAACCACCGCUCCUACCUUGAUCCUCAUUUCAAAGAGUAUUCCGAUUUCAACGAGAGAAAUAUCAGGCACUAUCCGUACAUGUUCGGAGAGUUGGCCCGUCUAGUCAUGCCCGACAGGUCGCCGGCCUCAACGACCUCACCAUCCAUUGGCGAUAACGUAUUAUUGGAAUCGGAAACCAACUUGAUGAUCCUUGAUGAUGGCGAACAAGUGCGACCAUCCGACCCCACCGAAGAUUGAAUUCACCAUUUCCUGAUAUUUGCGAUAUUAUAUUACUCUUUCCCCUCACAUCAUAUUAUUAUUCUGUGUGUGUUUGCUGCCCUAGCAAUGUGCAACAUCAUAUCAUAAUCUUUUGUGUAUACUAUACGUGCAUGGUGCUGCUGCUUAUUCUUUUAUGUGUGUUAUUCUAUCUGGGAAAUUAUCAUUUCCUUUGACCACGUACACAUUCCAAUGAUAGCGUUUCGGGUAGAUGGGCGAUACUUGAAGAUAAUUAUAAUAUGACUUGAAAUACAAUAUGCGCGAGCACCGCCGUAUGAUUUCUCGCCCACACGAAAUGUAGCGCGCAGCACAGGCUUACACUCUGACCAAGAAAUGUGUGUAUACAGACUGAGAUUCGUGAGCGUGACAUCUUUUCUGGGUUCUUGGAAUACAUUUGGUCUAACAUUU